UCAUCCUUUUGUUAACAGCGUGGGUGGCUCAAACAAGCCGUCGGUUGCUCUAAAACAGCUGUUGAUUUUUAAGUAAGUUCACUUUAGGUUGUGUAAUGCCCGGUUGUGUUGAUUUUCUUCCCUCAUGUGGUCAGGGGGCAGCCUGGUUCCUGGCACGCUGUGCAGAAGUAGCAGGGAGAUGACAGUACACGGGGGCUGCCGCGUACUGAAGUGCUACCCUGUGCUGGCUGCUGGCUGAGUAUUGUACUCGCUGACACUUUUCACCUUUUCAGAGAGCUCUCACUGACACCGCACUUUCCAGAUGAAACAGGCCGAGAGAAGUGAAGAGAUCCGUCGUGCCCCACGGUCAUUGUCAGCUGGCGUAUGAGCCACGGCGGUUGGGCGCCAGCUUCCUUCUCAGCCAUGGUGUGAUACCACCUCACAAUCUCCGGUGCAGGUCAGACCUCUGAGGACGAGCCGUCUCGGUGUUACCAGGUUCUGGAGUCGUGGCCAAGUCCCAGCUGUGGUUAUGUGACCUUGUGCAAGUGAUUUUAUCAGCUGUGUUGAUGACAGCUUAUCUGCCAACGUCAUCCCAUGUAGUACAAUGAGAAUGAAAUGUUUAUAAAAUAGUCACUCAAGGGAUCUGUGCCUCGCAUACGCGAGCUCUUAGUAACUCUUUUUAUCAUUCGUCUAAUUCUAGUCUCCCGAUUAUCAUUAGUUCCGAGAUCUGUGGCUUCUGUCAGGUGACUCUUGGACAGUGCAUGACACAGAUGUGGAGUGGGGAUUUCUCUCGUGAUAGCCUGCUGCAGGUUUCAGCAACGAGCCAGACAGGCUGACCGCCAGGAAGGCCAUCUGCGUGGUGGAGGCAGGAUGUGAGCAACUAGUGCUGCAGAACGCGCUCUUGUAGUUAAAUGUCUAGGAAUUGUUUGGGAAAGACUGAGCGCUCCUGGGGCUGGUGCUGCGGCAUGGCAGGUUAAGCUGCCUCCUGUGGUGCUGGUAUUCCCUGUGGGCACUGGUUCGAGUCCCAGCUGCUCCACUUCUAAUCCAGCUCCCUGCUAAGGUGCCUGGAAAGGCAAUGGAAGAUGGCCCACGUGCUUGGCCUUUGCACCUUUAUGGGAGACCUGGAGGAAGCUCCUGGCUCCUGGCUUCAGAUCGGCCCAGCUCCGGCCGUUGCGGCCAUUUGGGACAUGAACCAAUGGAUGGAGGAUCUCUCUGACUCUCCUUCUCUCAGUAACUCUGCCUUUCAAAUGAAUAGAUAAAUCUUUAAAAAAAAUAAAAAACAUGAGAAGUCUUAUCCAUUUGCUGAUUCCUCAAAUGACCACAGUGGCCAGGCCUGCACUGGGCCAAAGCUAGAAGCUGGGAACUCUAUCCAGGGCUCCCGUGUGGAUGCCAGGAACCCAACGACUUGAGCCAUCACCGCUGCCUCGCAGGAAGCUGGAGUCAGCAGCCUCAGCCCGGAAGCAGUGUGAUCAGAUGGCUCUUCAUUUCUAAACACUCUGGCUUUGUGUGUUUAUCUUUGCAUCAGCCAGUGACAGGCUGCUGGUCAGUAUGGUUUGUGGAUUGCUCUUGAGUAGUACUGAUGUCUGAUCCUUAAAAAGAGUAGGCAAGUAUGAGCCUCUGUUCAGUGCAUGGAGUAUUGCACGUAUUCUGGAGUGGCUUCAGCACGUGGGGAGUUGGCCACGUUGAUGCCUGUGACUGUGUAGUGGUCCCUCCCAGUCACAUGCCACAGCUGCCAUGUCCUGUCUACUCAUUGUGUUUGGAUUGUUCCGGACUUUUUGCUCUUAGCAACAAAGCCACUAUGAACAUCCUUGUACGAGUGUGCUCUUGAUAGUACACAGUGGGACGGUGGCUCAUAGGCUGUGAGUGUCUUCAGCUUUCCUAGGUAUUACUUAACUUUUCCAAAUCACUUGGUGCUUUCAGCAGUAGUGGUGAAAGGCUCUGCGAUAUUGUCAGACACUGAAACACUGGAAAAUCUUCUGGAUCUGUAAUGAGUGCCACAGGGUUGAGCAAGGCUAAUCCAAAAAUAGGAGGUAUUCCAAGUUCCACAGACACUCACCAAGUUACAGAUUUUAGAGCAGCUUGGAGUUUUGGAUUAGGGUAUUUGGCCAGUUAUUCCACCACUCAGAAACUCCAAAAUCUGAGUAUUCCUGGUCCCAAGCAUUUCAGGUAAGGAAUAGUCAACAUGUAUGUCCUUCCUGGUUAAUUUUCAUUUCUAUGAUGUCCAUUACUCUUCUUCACAGAUUGAUUUACCACUGGACUUCUUCCCUUAAGUCCCUGUGUAAGUUCUUGCCCCCCCCUUUUUUAAACAGAUAGAUUUAUUUAUUUAUUUAUUUACUUAUUGACUUAUUUAUUUUAAAGGCAGAGUUGUAGAGGGAGAGGGCGAGAUACAGAAAGAGAUCGUCCAUCUUCUGGUUCGUUCCCUAAAUGGCCAGAGCUGGGCUGGUCCAGAGCCAGGAGCUUCUUCCAGGCCUCCCACGUGGAUGCAGUGGCCAAGUGCUUGGGCCAUCCUCCACUGCUUUCCCAGACACAUUAGCAGAGAGCUAGAUCAGAAGUAGAGCAGCCAGGACUCGAACCAGGGCCCAUAUGGGAUGCUGGUGUCACAGGUGGUGGCUUUACCCACUUUGCCCAUUUUUAAAAAUUGGACUAUUUGACUUUUUUUUUUUUUUUUGAAUCGAAUAAGACUGGUUUAUAUGCCCAGGAUACUAAUUCUUAGGUUAUAACUAUUGCUUAUUUUUUUUUUUUUUUAAAGAUCUAGUUAUUUGCAUGAAAGGCAGAGUUAGGGAGAGACAGAGAUCUUCCAUCCACUGGUCACUAAUACAGUGACUGGGGCUGGGCCAGACUGAAGCUAGGAGUCUGGGCCAUCUGGGUCCCAGACAUGGGUGCAGGGGUCCAAGGACUCGAGACAUCUGCUGCCUUCCCAGGCACAUUAGCAGGAGCUGGAUCAGAAGUGGAGCAGCCGGGACUUGAACCAGCAUCCAUGUGAGAUGCCAGCAUCACAGGCAGCGGCUUUACCUGCUAUACCACAAUGUCUGUCCCUGUUUUGUUUUUUAAAACAUGUAUUUAUUUGAAAGGCAGAAUCACAGAGCGAGAAAGACAUCUUCUGUCCUCUGAUUCCCUCCCCAAAUGGCCACAACAGCUGGGGCUGGGCCCGGUUGAAGCAAAGGAACCUGGAAUUCAGUCCAGAUGUCCUGUGUAGGAGGAAGGGAUCUGAGCACUUGGGCCGUCUUCCACUGCCUUCCCAGUGCGUUAGCAGGGAGCUGGAUCGGAAACAGCUGCUAGGACGAAAACCAGUGCUCCAGUAUGGGGUGCCAGUGUUGCCACAGUAUGGCCCCUCUUUUGUUAAACCAGUUUUGUGGUUUUUUUUUUUUUUUCAUAUUUUUUGACAUUAUUAUGUUAAGUUUCGUAUUUGUUGCUUAGUCUGAACAAUUUUUUUUAAAGAUUUGUUAUUUGAGUGGCAGAGGCAGAGGCAGGGGGUGGUGGAGGUGACCCUCCAUCUGCUGGCUUGCUCCCCAAAUGGCCGCAACGGCCAGACCUGGGCCAGGCUGCAGCCAGGAGCCAGGAGCUUCUUGCAGGUCUCCCACACGGGUGCUCUCUUAUCUGAAGUCCUCUGGGGUUCCCAUGUGGACAAGGGUAUCACCUACAAGUAAUGGCAGCUUCGUGGUUUUGUUUUUUUGCUGCUCCUUAUACCUCUCCGUUCUUUAUCUUGUCUAACGGCAUUUGCAGGGAUUUCAAGGAUAAUUCUGAAUAGAAGUGGUCCUAGUGGGCAUCCUUGCUUUGGGCCUGUAGUCUGGUAAUACUUUGGAGGUGUCCUGUAAGCAUUUUAUGAUGUUUCUAUUAAAAUUAGGAAUUUUCCUCCUAAGUUUGCUGAGAAGUCUUUUUUCUAAUAAUCAUAAAUGGUGUUGGGUUUUAUCAGAAGUUCACGCUGUAUUUAUUGAGUGUGCGUGAUUUUUCUGUCUUAAUGUUAACAUGGUCAGCUAUGUAAUUGGCUUUCUGCUGUUAACCUGACGUUCUCUUCCUGGGGAAAACCCAGUCCAGUCUAGUCGUGAUGUAGUUUGUCUGCAGUAUCUGGGUUUGGGUUGAGGUCUUGGCUUAGGAUCAAGGCUCUGUUGGUCCUGUGAGUUGGAAAAUGGCUCUCUCUGCUUGUUUUCUAGAAGAAUUUGUAUAAAAUUUGUGUUUCUCCUUUCUUCAGUCACGAGGGGGGUGCCUGUGGACCGGUGUGUUCUCAGGGAAGACAGCGCAGUUGCCGAUUCCUCAUUAGGAGCGGUCAGGUUUUCCGUUUUGUCUGGGUCACACUGGAAAAUUGGCUAUUCCUCGGUUCCUCUCCAUUUUCACAUGACUGGUGUGGCACUUUUCUUGUUCACUUACCUGUUGGACACAGGCCUGGUCUGUAAAGGUGUCUCCUUCAUUCCCGACACUGACUGUGACUGUGGGCAUCUUGCUUACUUACCCGGUCUUGCCAGUGGCUUAUGCCCCCACCUCCCUGUAUUAACAGAGAGCCAGUGUUUCCGUUGUUUCUGCUGUGUUGUGUAUUUGCUUUGUUUUAUUAUUUCAGCUUUUUGUGGUUUUCUAGAUUUCUUUUCUAGGCUUGUCAUUUUUUAUAUGAUCAAAUGAAUAUUUAAAUCAAAUGUUAUGCACUUACAGCCAUAAAUUGCCUUCCAAACGCUGCUUCAUCUCUGUGCUAGUUUUGUUCACUACAGAACAAAUUACAGCAUAGUUUUACUAUCUCAGAACUUGGAGGGGUGGAGCGUGGGCGUGGCGUAGCCAGUUCUCUGCUGAGGGUCUCGCGAGGCUGCGGUCCAGUCGCUGAGUCAUGUCUUCUUCUGGAGUCCAGGGUCCUCUUCUGUGUUCAGCAGGUUGUCACAGAAUUCAGGCCCCUCAGCUGGAGAAACGAGCCUCUCCGUUCCCCACGGCUGCCCUGUGUGGGGCAGCUCCUCACAGCUUGCCUGUUGGCUUUUCUCCUGCCGGCUUUCGGCGUCUGCGUUGGGUAUCUCCUUUUGGAGAAGGAGUAAAAAGGUUCACUGGGUUGGGUCAGGGCCACUAUCAGUCUCCCUCUGAUGAGCUCCGUCAGCUGAACACGGAGUUUGACUACAUCUAUAAGAUACUUUCACCUUUGCCAUAUUGUCUCUUUUUAAAAAAUUAAAGAUUUUAUUUAUCUGAAAUAAAGGUUUUUUUAUUUAUUUUAUAGAGAUACCAAUCUUCCAUCCACUGGUAAUUCCCUGUGUCUGGGCCAGGCUGAAGCCAGGAGGCAGGAGUCCCCCAAGUGGGUGGCAGGGGCCCAGGCCCUUCAACCCUCUUCCGCUGCGCUCCUAGUCACAUUCAGAGGGACCCGGAUCAGGAGCGGAGCAGUCAGGACUCAGACCUGCACUCACAUGAGUGCCGGCGUUGCACGCGAUGGUUAACCUCAUGUUCCACAGUGCCGGCCCCUGCCGUACUCUCUUCAUGAGAAGCUCGGUAGAGGUUCCACCCACAUAGGUAUGCAUACCAGCCAGGGAGGGACUGGGGGGAAUUCUGCCUACCACCAACUCUGAUCUAGAAAUCUCAGCAUCUAACAUUCUAUGUAUUCAUUAAUUUCAAAGGAUUUUCCAAUUUCAUGAUUACAUAUUUGAUUUGUAGAUAUUAUUUGGAGCUAUAUUUCCAAACAGGUAUUUACAUUUUAAUACUGGUUUCUAAUUUAAUUGGUUUGUAAUCAGAUAAUCUGUAUAUGACUUGAAUUUCUUGAAAUGUGUUGAUGGCUGUUUUAUGACCUAACCAAGUGCCUGGUUUUUAAGUUUGCUUGAAGAAAGUUUGUUCUGCAUUUACUGGAUGUGAUGUUCUAUAAUGUGGGUCACUUUAAUCAUGUUGAAGUCUUCAGUAUCCUUAGCAAAUGACUUACCAAAAAAUACAUACUUAUUUACUUAAAAGGCAGAGUGACAGAGAGGGCGAGGAACAAAGAGAUAUCUUUCAUUUGCUGUUUCAUUCCCCAAAUGGUCACAACAGCCAGGUAGGGGCCAGGCUAGAGCUAGGAGCUCCAUGCUGGCCUCCACGUGAGGGGCAGGCACCCACGUACGUGGACCCCUUGCGCUGCCUUCCCAUCCACAUUGCAGGAAGCUGGGUCAGAAAUGAGGUGGCCAGGACUUCAAGUGGCACUCCAGUGUGCGGUGCUGGCGUGGCCAGCAGCGGCUCCCCUGCUGUGCGCCAGUGCUCCAGCCCUAGGAAGGCUUUUUGCUGGGGACUGGGAGAGAGUGCUUUUCUGAGUUACUAAGAACUAUAAUCUGGCAUGGGAAGUGAACCAACUGGUGGGAGAGCUCACUCUGCCUGUCAGAAACAAAAGCAACAACAACAAAAAAUACUUACUAAAUCUUUUUUCUAGCAUGAUUUUAGAUGUGUGUAUGUGGUUUUUUCUAUUUUAAAAAUUUUUCAGGGCCAGUGCCGCAGCUCAAUAGGCUAAUCCUCCGCCUUGCGGCGCUGGCACACCGGGUUCUAGCCCGGUCGGGGCGCCAGAUUCUUUCCCGGUUGCCCCUCUUCCAGGCCAGCUCUCUGCUGUGGCCCGGGAAGGCAGUGGAGGAUAGCCCAAGUGUUUGGGCCCUGCACCCCAUGGGAGACCAGGAUAAGUACCUGGCUCCUGCCUUCAGAUCAGCGCAGUGCGCCGGCCGUGGCGGCCAUUGGAGGGUGAACCAACGGCAAAGGAAGACCUUUCUCUCUCUCUCUCUCUCUCCCUGUCCACUCUGCCUGUCAAAAAAAGAAAAAAUUUUUUUUUCAGGCUGGCACCGUGGCUCACUUGGUUAAUCCUCCGCCUGUGGCACCGGCAUCCCAUAUGGGUGCCGGGUCCUAGUCCCGGUUGCUCCUCUUCUAGUCUAGCUCUCUGCUGUGGCCCAGGAAGGCAGUGGAGGAUGGCCCAAGUGCUUGGGCCCCUGUACCCGCAUGGGAGACCAGGAGGAAGCACCUGGCUCCUGGCUUCUGAUCAGUGCAGCGCCGGCCAUAGCAGCCAUUUGGGGAGUGAACCAAUGGAAGGAAGACCUUUCUGUCUCUCUCACUGUCUAACUCUACCUGUCAAAUAAAAAAAAAAAUUAAAAUUUUUUUUUCUGUUUUGGUGAUGUACUGGGUGCUUACAAAUUUCUAAUUGUUAAAUCUUCUAGUUUAAUUGAAAGAAGCUUUUUCAUUAAAAAAUAAACUUCUUGGGGCUGGCGCUGUGGCAUAAUGGGUAAAGCCACUGCCUGCAGUGCCAGCAUCUCCCAUAUGGGCGCCAGUUCGAGACCAGCUGCUCCAUUUCCAAUCCAGCUCUCUUCUGUGCCCUGGGAAAGUAGUGGAAGAUGGCCCAAGUCCUUGGGUCCCUGCACCCACAUGGGAGACCCAGAAGAAGCUCCUGGCUCCUGGCUUCAGAUCGGUGUAGCUCCAGCCAUUGCAGCCAGUUAGGGAGUGAACCAGCCAAUAGAAGACCUCUCUCUGCUGCUCCUUCUCUGUGUAACUCUGACUUUAAAAUAAAUAAAUCUUUAAAAUAAAUUUAAGCCAGCGCCGCGGCUCACUAGGCUAAUCCUCCGCCUUGCGGUGCCGGCACACCAGGUUCUAGUCCCGGUCAGGGCCCCAGAUUCUGUCCCAGUUGCCCCUCUUCCAGGCCAGCUCUCUGCUGUGGCCAGGGAGUGCUUGGGCCCUGCACCCCAUGGGAGACCAGGAGAAGCACCUGGCUCCUGCCAUCGGAUCAGUGCAGUGCACCGGCCGCGGCGGCCAUUGGGGGGUGAACCAACGGCAAAGGAAGACCUUUCUCUCUGUCUCUCUCUCUCACUGUCCACUCUGCCUGUCAAAAAAAAUAAAUUUAAAAAUUAAAUUACUAAUAAAAUUUUACUUUGAAAUGUAUUUUGCCAGAUACUAAGGUAAAUACACCAGCUUUCUUUAAGUUAGCAUUUAUAUUUUAUUCUCCACGAUUUUGUUUUCAGCCCUUAGUCUUCCUGCAUCUUCUUUCAGAAUUUAUUUUCAUUUUAGUUUAAAGGCAGGCAGACAGAUCUUCCAUCUGCUGGCAUACUUCUCAACUGCCUGCAACAGCUGUGUGGGCCCGGCUGAAGUCAGGACGCAUGAACUCCAUCCAGUCUCCCACGUGGUGGCAGGACUCAAGUUCUUGAGCCAGGGCCUGCUGCCUCCCGGCGGGUACAUCAGCAUGAAGCUGGGCUGAGAGGCGGAGCUGGGGCUUGACCCCAGGUACUUGAUGUGGUCUGCAGGUAUCUCAUGCUGUGUCUUCAUUGCUGCAGCAGUCGUUCACCUCAUCCUUCUAGAUAGUGUCUCUUGUCUAUAUCAUAUUUAUGUUACUAGGAUUAUUUGUCCUAUCUGGUGGUCUUUGCUCCUUUUUUCUCGUUUUUUGUUUUUCUUUUUAGAUAGAUUUUUUUCUAUUACUUUUUUGUCCAUCUGUUAAAAGUAUGUUUUUCUAUUAAUGGUUUUCCUAGAAAUUUUAUAUCUGACUUAUCAAAGGUUAAACUCGCCCAGACUUUGUAAAGCAGUGCCCUUAGAACACCUUAACACCAUUUACCUCCUUCUCAGCUUUUGUAUGUGGCUGAUGUCACAUAUUGUGUCUCUCUACAUGUAAGUCAUUGCUAUUCUUGUCUACAGUUAAUAUUCAUUUAGAUUGACUCAAAAAUUUUCAUCUUUGCUCUUCAUUGCUUGCUGUAUCUUUAAGCUUCAAUCUGCAGUCAGUUUUCUUUUGACUGAAAUAUACAUUUAGAAUUUAGUGCAGGUCAGCUCUGGUGGCAAAUCUUUUUUUUUUUUUUUUUUUUUGAGAACAUCUUUGUUGAAGGCUGUUUUUAGGCUUCUUAGUGGGGUCUGUUGUCCUCUGACUUCCAGUGUUGCUGUGAGCAUGUCGGCUGUCAAUCUCAUGCUGUGCUGAAACUAAGGAGUCCGUCUUCCUCUGGCUGUUUGGAAGAUUUUUUUAAAUUGAUUUUAGGCAGUUUCACGAUGGUGUGUCUAAGUAGAGAUUUUGUUGUAUUUUCUCCAGUGGGGUUUGUUUGGCGUAGUGCAUCUGAGUCGAUGUAUCUGUUCUGGGAAAUCCUCAACUAUGAUCAUCUCAAUUUUGCCUCUGUCCAGUGUUUUGUCGCCUUCUUGAGAUCCAAGUAAGUGAAUGAUAGACUUUCUUACAGUAUUUCCCAUAGCUUCGUCUUCCCUCUAGUGUUCUGUCUUUAUUUCCUCUUCAUCAUUUUGGAUAGUUUCUUAAACUUUCUUACACUUUUUAGCUGUUUCUACUCUACUUUGGGAUUCAUUCACUGAAUUUUUCCUGGUUUUAUAAUUUUUAGGUUAGGUUGUUUUUUCUUAUCUGCUCUUAUGUUUAAUGUGUGUGCACUUGUGGCAGUUCCUAGUGGGGCUAUUAUCGCCAUGGUUUGUCCUUUGUGUGAAAAUUCCAGUACUCAGCCUGCUAUGAUUCUGUUCCUGCUGUCUGUUCAUGGCGGUGCUGGUGAAUGUUGUCUUGGUUAUUCUUGCACUUCAUUCUUUGGUUGUUUGCUUGAAAAGUCUGGGAAAAACACAGAAAUGACUUAAAAGCUGAGAUGACUUUGUCUACAUUGAGGUUUUUGUUUUGUCCCACCAAGCGCCUGAAUUCAUUAGCAGUCUGGGGUAUGCGUAUAGACCUGUGUCCCUGCACUGCAGGACCGUUUGUACAUCAACUCUGGGGUACAGCUCUUGGGCCCCAGCCUGGAGCAAGGGUGUGCCAGCAGACUCUCCUUCUCCGUCCAGCUGUGCUGAAAACAGACCUCCGCCUCUCCCCCACUUCCCCUUCUCCUUCACAGAGUGCCCGCUGUGUUUCCCCAUGCGUCUCUGCCUUGGGCGAUUGGUCCACAUGAGCUUUUCUCCCGUCACUCACUUCUGUUGUACUUUCUGACUACACUCAGCUUUCCAGUUUCAUCAGAGAAAGCCUGUGGAACUUUGUUUUUUAAAAUUUGGUAGAGUUUUUGGUUUGAAGGGAGGGAAUUUGGUGUUAUCUUUACUCCACCAUUACUAAAAGACUCACCCGUCCAUUUUGUCAGGUCUGUCUGGGAUUUGAUUUCACCCCAUCUCCACGCUGAGAAGUUAGCUCGUUACUAUUUAAUGAUGCUGGCAGAAAACACAGAACUCUUGGAUCAGAAACCAAGGACUUUGUUCCCGGCACAGGGGAAGCAGCCCCCCACCCCCACCCCAGCAGCGGAUUUCUUUUCUUAUUUUUGUCAUUUCCAUUUUUCUUCAGGCAGUUUUUCUUUAAAUAUCCAUUUAGGGUGUUUUCUACUUAUCUCUGUUUUGAUAUUCAGACUAACACUUAGGUGGUGGGAGAAGGUAUCCCAUGUCCUCUCAAUCUUGGACCGUGUGGUGAUGCUUGCCUUGCGGUGAAAAACAAGUUCUGAUUCUCUGUUUUUGAGUCCAUGUUCAGACAACUCGUAUGGUGAGUUCGACACGUAGGAACACCGGGGGAAGUUAAUACAGUGAGCGAGAGGCGCGAGACAAGACCUGGAAAACGAAGUGUCAGUGCCACAGGUUUUCAGGCUGUGAGGCCACAGGUGAAACGUCGCACCUGUCCCAGAAGCCUCUGCUGGAAUUCACUCCUCCCCACUUGCCCACUCGCUCCAUCUUCCUUCCUUCCCCACGCAGGGCUCUGAAGCUGUCCUGUCCACGUGUCUGUCUCCCAGAUCAGGGUCAGCUCCACAUCUCGCCUCUGCACGGGCUCCCUGGUGCUUGGUGCACAGAUGGCACUCCAAACAUUACCCGCAGAACUGGUGCGUGUUCUUGAAGGUUUGGAGGGAAAGUAUUAAACUUGUAGCCAAUGAAACAGUUGCUUGGUACAACACGUGAAAACACUGUAGGGAACAAUGCAAAAGUUUGGAGCUGUUUAAAAGGUGAAAUGGAGCCCUUGUGGGCCCUGCGCCCUGGACCUGAGAGAGUUGGGGCGCGCGCGCACCUGGGGUCCGCGGUGGUCCCGCAGCGAGGAGGGUUGAGAAGCGCCGGUCUGGCGGGCUGCGGGCUAGAGGCGACCAACAACCUGCGGCUUCGUCGAUGUCAAGCAAAGACGGCGGGGCCGAGAGCCAGCGCGUCCGGCGGGCCUCCACCGGGCAGGCGCGGCGCCCGAGGCGAGGGGAAGGCCGCAUGUUGGGUGCUCUGGAAGGCGCCCCCGCGGCCCAGCAUCCGGACUGGGUGGGGAUCUUCCCCGGGGCGUCUCGGGGCCGGGGCAGCCCCAGAGGACGGGGAAAGUCCGGCGGCCGCCCCGGUCGGCGUUGGUCUGUGAGACGUCGCGGAGCGGGGGCUGCGGGCCCGGGCAGGCUGACAGGGCGUGCCCCGCGCACGGUUCCCUUUCAGGGCUCCGCGCUCCGCCCUCGCGGGCCUCGGCUUCCGCGCUCCGGCCGCGCCGCGCCGCACCGGACCUCGCCCGACUCCGCGCGCCUCUCCAGGCCGGCGCGCCGCAGAUUGAGAAGAAAUGCUGGGCAGUAAGUAAAGCUUUCUCCUCCCGGCCUGGAGAGUGACAUGGGUGUCGGCAAGUCCAAAGCAGGUUCCUGCCCCCUGUCCUUCUCCCGGGGUGAGAGCCACGGCGUGGACACACGUCCGGGACCUCCCGGGUCAAGUUCCAGGAGAUGUGCAGAGGCCGCCCUGGGUGAGGGUGCUGAGCGUGGCGGUGCUACCAGGGAGCCAGUGCAAGAGCGGGAGGUGCCUGUGGGCCUGGCGGAGGCUCCCGCGGCAGGCGAGGAGGAGGAGGAGGAGGAGGAGGAGGAGGAGUUCCUCAAGUUUGUGAUCCUACACGCGGAAGAGGACACGGACGAAGCGCUGCGGGUGCAGAGCCUGCUGCAGGACGAGUUCGGCAUCAGCCCCGGGAUGGUCUUCGCGGAGAUGCCGUGCGGCAGACAGCACCUGCAGAACCUCGACGCCGCGGUCAACGGCUCGGCCUGGACCAUCUUGCUGCUGACCGAGAACUUCCUGCGCGACACCUGGUGCAGAUUCCAGUUCUACACGUCCCUGAUGAACUCGGUGAACAGGCUGCACAAAUACAACUCCGUCAUCCCCAUGCGGCCCCUGAACAACCCCCUGCCCCGGGAAAGGACGCCCCUGGCCCUGCAGACCAUCAACGCCCUGGAGGAGGAAGGCCGCGGCUUUGCUACCCAGGUGGAGAGGAUCUUCCAGGAGUCCGUGUUCAGGACCCAGCAAGCCAUCUGGAGAGAGACGAGAAGCGCAGCGCAGAGACAGCUUGUCGCCUGAGGUGGAACACGCAGCCCUCGGCCGGCUCCUGGGGCAGCAGCGCUGGGACGCCUUGACGUAGAGGACAGCCCUUUUCUUACGGGAGCCUGGGGGGCGGGGGCACAGGAGAGCGGCCUGCAGCAGGGCUGGAGCGUUCCUCUCCUGCUUCUUCUCAGGCACGGACGUUCGUGUCCCAGGUACUGAGCCUCGGACAGAAACUUGUAGUCAGGUGUUCCGGAAACAGGAUGCUUAUACUGUGAAGCCGGCUCCCCACGGGCAUGUGGGAAAAAUGGCCCCAGGGACCUGAGCACGCUCCCUCCUGGGGCCCCUCCCAUGGGUCACACCCUCUGGGUGCUGUCCCCUGGGGCGUGUCAGGUGUUGAGAGUUGUGACACGAGCCCAAACCCGUGCUUCUCUGCUGGCAUCUGCGUCCAUGGGGGCGAUGGCCGCCUGGCUUAGCAGCCCUUCCCGCGGUGUGGCGGUGAAUCGGGCCCCCCGCAGUGCCGCUGGGGUGUCCUCUGGGGCCCGCAGCUGUCGCGUGAGUCACUGUCGGGUGCCAGGGCUUCGUUCUCAGAGCUUCCGAAAGGCGUCUGCCCAGGACAUGUUGCCCAUGCAGGCGUCUGCAGUAACUUGGCCCUUAGGAGUGCGUGCACACGUGUGUGGGGGGAUUAUCUUGAAAGCCUUGGACCUGAAGCGGGAGAUGUAUUUUAUCACAUCCUCUUCUGGUGCCCCAGCCUCCUAGCUGGCCAGGGAGGCCCCUGGGAGACCUGUGCCGUCCCCUCAUAGCCCUUCUGCCCGUCAGAUGGAGAGAGGAUACGGGGUGACUGGGUUGUGUCCUGCUGUGACGAGCAGAGCAUCUGUGGUGGGUGAGGCGGGGGAGGGGAGUUCCAGGACCUGCUCCGGUCCAGUCUCUGGCACCCCAGGGUGACUGACAGUGAAUGCACCCUUUAGCUGUGAUGGGAAAGCGUUGGUUGAUGGGUCUCUAAAGGCCUUGGCCCUCUCCCAGGCCAUGAGAGACUUGGAACCAGAGAAGGAAACCAGAAAAAUGGUAGAAUUCUGUAAGGUGGGGUGGAUGGUGUGGCCCAGCUGGUUACUACCGCCUGGGACAGCUGCAUCCCGUAUCAGAAUGCUGGUUAGAGUCCCGACUGCUCAGCUUCUAAUCCAGCUUCCUGCUUGUGCACCUUGGGAGGCAGUACGUGCAUUUCUGGCCCCCACAUGGGAGGUCUGGAUGUAGUUCUGGGCUUCUGGUUUCAGCCUGGCCCAACCUGGGCUGUUUGGGCUUUUGGAGAGUGCAUCAGUGGAUGGAAGACUCCCUAAUUCCCUCCCCCUCCCCCUCCCCCUCCCUCUCCCUCCGAAUAGAGGAAAAUAAAUGAAGUGUUUUAGAAGAAUUAUUUGAGGGGAUAUGUGAUAUAAUAGUUGCAAAAUGGUUUAUGCACACAAUGAAAGUGUAUUUUUGCAUCUUUGCAGCACAGGUGAUUUUUUUUUUUUUUUUGACAGGCAGAGUGGACAGUGAGAGAGAGAGACAGAAAGGUCUUCCUUUGCCAUUGGUUCACCCUCCAAUGGCCGCCACGGCCGGCGCACUGCGGCCAGCGCACCACGCUGAUCCGAUGGCAGGAGCCAGGUGCUUCUCCUGGUCUCCCAUGGGGUGCAGGGCCCAAGUACCUGGGCCAUCCUCCACUGCACUCCCUGGCCACAGCAGAGGGCUGGCCUGGAAGAGGGGCAACCGGGACAGAAUGCGGCGCCCCGACUGGGACUAGAACCUGGUGUGCCGACGCCGCAAGGCGGAGGAUUAGCCUAGUGAGCCGCGGCGCCGGCCUGCAUAGUUGAUUUUUAAUGCUGCCCAUUAUACUUUUAUAGUCUCAGAAAGGAAUUAUUAUACCUGUUCACUCAGGUUUCUAAAGAAUACUUUUUUAAAAAAAAAAGAUGAGACCUUGCGCAUAGGCAUUCUGCCUCAUUUUUCUUUCUUCAUCCCUUAGCAGCCGCUGAGCUCUGCUCGGGCGUGCAGUUCCCUGGGCGUGGCCUUGAACCUGGCGCUCCCGGUGCUCGUGUCCUCAUGCAGGUAUGGACAGGCACGUCCGGCGGACUCUGAGAACUUUUGCCGCCUGCCGGGAGCUUCCUCCUGGGUGCUCUGUGGGCUACACUGCUUGUAGAAAUCUCAGCUGUGCUUAAGGACAGGAUUCUUUUAGCUGUGAGAGGCAGAAAGCCCGUUGUGCCAUGGCCUGAAUCACAGGGUAGUUAUUUUUUUAAGAUUUAUUUAUUUAUUUACUUGAAAGGCAGAGUUACAGAGAGGCAGAAGCAAAGCGGGGGACCUCUUCCAUCUGCUGGUUCACUCACCAGAUGGCCACAACGGCUGGAACUGUGCCGAUCCAAAGCCAGGAGCCAGGAGCCUCCUCUGAAUCUCCCAUGUGGGUACAGGGGCCCAAGGACUUGGGUCAUCUUCCACUGCUUUCCCAGGCCACAGCAGAGCGCUGGAUUGGGAGUGGAGCACCCGGGACUAGAACUGGCGUCCAUACGGGAUGCCGGCACUGCAGGUGGUGGCUCCGCCCACUACGCCGCAGCACUGGCCAUGUAACUUAAUAGUUCCGCCAAGGUACUCAGAAAUGCUGUUAAAAGCUCACGUUCUUAUACGCAGUUGAAUAUUAUGCAGCCUUAGAAAGGACUAGAAUUCCAGCGCUGCCCCAGCAGGCCGCUGUUGAAAACGUUAGGCUGAGUAGAAGAAGCCAGAUGCGGGGGGCAGCACUGCGUGGUUCCGUCGCCAGGCCGCCGGGUCUCAGAGACCGCCAGGACAGCGGUCGUGGGCCGGGGCCGGGUCUAGGACGGGAAGGUGCUGGCUAGUGGGUGCGGAGCUUCUGUGGGGGCUGAAGCGGCUCUGGGGACAGGGGGUGUGCAUGCUUAUGCCUCUGCAUCCGAUGUUGAAAAUGCUUCAGUCAAUGAUGUUCCAGACGUUUUGUCACACGAUAAUAAAAGUAAAGGUAAAAAGA